CCCCAUCUGCACCCUCCCAUCAGACAGCCAUGGCCUCACGUCUUGCAAGGAGCGCCGUCGGCGCCGCCCGUCUCCGCCCUGCGCUCCCUCUCCGCGCCCUGCGCGCCAUCAGCGUGCAGGCCCGCUACAACUCCAACCUGCCCCAGGAGGACCCCAAGAAGAAGGCCCAGUCCGUCCUCGACUCGAUACCCGUCCCCGGAAACAGCCCCCUCACCAAGGCCGCCGUGCUCUCCGCCGGAGCCGGUCUUUCGGUCGCGGCCAUCAGCAACGAGCUCUACGUCGUCAACGAGGAGUCGAUUGUCGCUCUCUCUCUGCUGACCAUCUUCUGGGCCGUUGCCAAGUACGCCGGUCCGGCAUGGGGAGACUAUGCGCAGCAGCAGGUGGACAAGAUCUCGGGCAUCCUCAACUCUGCCCGCCAGGACCACACCCAGGCUGUCAAGCAGCGCAUUGAGAGCGUCCAGGACCUGAGCAGCGUCAUUGACGUUACCAAGACGCUUUUCGAGGUUUCCAAGGAGACUGCCCAGCUCGAGGCCCAGGCCUUUGAGCUCGAGCAAAAGACUGCCGUUGCCGCCGAGGCCAAGUCUGUGCUCGACUCUUGGGUCCGCUACGAGGGCCAAGUCAAGCAGAGGCAGCAGCGCGAGCUUGCCGAGUCCAUCAUUGCCAAGAUUGAGAAGGAGCUCGACAACCCCAAGACCCUCAAGCAGAUUCUUGACCAGAGUGUCACUGACAUUGAGAAGAUUGUCUCCAAGAAGGCAUAAGCGUCCUGUAGGAUCCCGCGGCCAAGUUCGUCCAAUGUUACAUAUAAGUGUGCAAUAGUCAGGCUCGUUCAAUGUAGAGAGUACCCUAGGCUGGGGAAAUGGCCCAAUCAAACUCAUUAUGUCUCCAGUUUUUUUUGUGUGUGUCUCAUGUCCCAUGGCUGACUUGGAAAGAAAGAAAGAACGAAAGAAAAAAAAGGGACUAGAAGGGAUCUGCGUUUUUUUCUAGAAUUGAUUGCGUUUCCCGCGCGAACACUUUGGCUUUAUCUCGGCUAUCCUGCUCGUCAUGCCGUAGUGCACACACCCCC